AUGUCGUUCCCCAGCAACGGAAUUUCAAGAUUUCCAUAUUGCACUGUGCCACCCCCAAUGUUCAAGGAGAAUCAAACUUCAGAUCAUAAGAAAUUCAAAGACUAUUUUCCUAGAAAUGUUCGGAAAUUUAACAGAACGAAUAAUAAGUUUCAAUUUUUGCCUGACGUGAUCGACGAUGAAGAAACUAUCCUAGUACGAGACAAACUCAUCAUCAUGACCUACAUGAGAAGUGGGUCAACACUGACCGGUGAUAUCAUUCAACAAAGCCAGGACGUGUUCUACAUGUACGAGCCCCUGUGGAACAUUGAGAGGGUGCUCACCAACAAGAGCGGGAACGGAACAUUGACUUUUCUGAAUGGAACAAGUCUGCCAUUUGUUUAUAAUGCGGAAUUCUACAUGGCCAGAAAGAUACAAAUUCUAGAGUCGGUGUUAAACUGUAGCUUGAUGGAACUAGAUGUGGGCACGCUUACACAAUAUCACAUGUUCAACAGCCUGUCAACUCGAGCCUUUGGUCUUUGUGCUAAUCAUCAAAAAGACAUGGAGAUUUUAGGACGGUGCGUACGAGUGUUACAGAAUGACUGCAGAAAGUCCAAGGUCGUUGUGAUCAAGGUCAUCAGAAGCUCCAUGCUAGAGAUGUACCGACUGAUGACGAGAGAGCCAAGAUUGAAAGUCUUACAUCUGCUCCGAGACCCUAGAGGCACAAUGAAAUCCCAAUACCUGGUCGGAGCAUUCAACUGGACACACCUUCCCAAAACGUCGCUUGGCCACUGCCAGAGAGUUUCGCGGGACCUGGAGAUGUCCCAGUUUGUUUCGGAGGAGUUUCCAGGUCGCAUUUUCAUCCUACGCUACGAAGAUCUUGUCGAAAGGCCUAUUCGGGUAACGAAGCAGCUCUAUUCCUUCGUAAAUUUAACCCUAACCCUGGAGAUCCAGAACUACAUAUGGAACAUAACGUAUGGUGGAAACCCCGAUGGCUGUAACAUUUGCACGGUGCGCGAAAAUGCAACGGAAACGGCUUACAGUUGGAGGAAAAAAAUGUCUUUUGCUAGUAUAUGGAUGAUCCAGUCGCAGUGCUGGAGUGUAAUGAAUAUCUUAAAAUAUCGCACGUUUGAUAGUAACGCUGAGAGGAUGGAUGGAACGUUGUCAGCAAAGUAUUAACUCUUUCUCUCCGUAAUUAUUUACCAAAUUCUGGUGGAAUCAACGCUGGUAUCGUCAGUUAGGAGAGAAAGAGUUAAGAGCCUGAUACAGCAAGUGAGAGACCAUAUUGUUAUACCAUUAUGUUUACCAUCUUAAAGUAUAUUUUACGCCCCAUUGUUGACUUUCACAAAGAGUUCAGUAUUUGAAGAGCAAGGUAAAAUAGGAUCACAUAUUUCAAGACAGUCUUCAAAAAAAUAAGCACAAAACUCAUGGCGUUUAAUGUUAUUUGUGAUGCCAAACGACUCGUCGAUCUGACUUGAUCUUGAUGAAGAGUUCAGUGAGACGAAAGUUAAAUUACUGACUGGAUAUUUCAGAAGUGCCUUGAAAAUGUAUCGAGCAAUCAACACUGUCACCAGGCGUCCUGUAGGAGGAUGUUUUGUACAAUGUAAA